AUGCCACCAAGACAACGAGGAAUGAGAAAAGGUCCCAUGCGGGGAGGACCGUCACGACAACUACCAUCACACUCGUAUAACUCAGAUCCUCCCCAAUAUUCGAAUGAGUCACACUCGUCACAACCAGCGAGACACUCGGUCUCACACCAUCCUUCACAUUCACAUCCUUCUCGCUCUCACUCACACCGUGAUUCCUUUGACCCACACCAAUACAUAAAUUCACCUCCUCCGAGCCAAAACCAACAGGAUGAUGGCUCUGAGCCAGAAAUGCCACCUUCUGGAACAAACUUGCACCCUAUCGAGUUAUCUAUUGAUACUGCAUCUUAUGCAGGUUCACCUUACCAGGGUCCCGAUGAAUGGGAUCAAUAUUUUAACCAAUUUACUUUCUACAAUACCCCUGAACACAAAACACCAUCUUAUCCACCUCCACAAACACCGCCACCUCCACCAGAGGAUGAGCCAAUGGAGACAUUGGAGCAAAAGCAACCACCACCACAACCAAGGAAGCCUCGUAGCGGUGCACGUAUGUCGGUGUUUGCUGGGAAAUGGUCGGGAUCACUUCCACCUUUACCCCCAACCUACCCAACAAUACCAGAGGACCCACAAAUGGGUGGACCCUCUAAUCCUGAACCUAUUAUUAAGCCACCUCAACAACCACCUAUGGGUUUUGAUAACUCUAUUCCUACGUAUCCGAAUAUGACCGGAUAUGAUACUUCUUACACGGCAGACCCUAUGGAUUAUAACUAUUCGGCUCCGUCAUACGAUCCCUAUUUACAGGCGGUUGUUCAUAAUGCUCUUUACCCAUCACAUUUUCCUUUUGUAUAUCCCAAUACUGGAUAUCCUAAUUAUGGAUACCAGUAUCCGGUUGUUCCACAACCACAGCCACCUCAACAAAUUGAAGCUAUCAAUCAAGCGUUGGAACAAGCAGAACAGAUCCAACGACAGGCUAAAAAGAACGAACGAAGAAUAAGCAAGAUAUUCAAGAAACUUUCCAAGAUUAUCAAAGGGAAGAAGGAUGAUUGA